ACCAAUGAAAACGUACAUCUUGCAAGUCCUUAAAUAUCCGCAUCGUCUAUCGGUUCCCUCACUUGUAUUUCACGUUGCCUGUCAGUGUAGCACGAGUCCCCAUAUUUCUGCAGAAUGUCUCAGUUUAACGGAACAUGGGAAGAUAAGGGACAGGAUGAGACCUUUGGACCCUUUAUGGAAGCUAUAGGAUUGGGUGCAUUUACGGAAAAAUACAAGGGUGCAACAUCCACCGCAACAUACGCCGUGGACGGCAAAAAGGUGACUCUGACGUACGUCUCGUCCCUCUACCCUGACAAACCCAUGACAUAUAACAUCACGGCUGGGGAAGAAUUCGAUGGAAAAGGCCCGGAUGGUUCCGAUGUGAAGACAGUAUUCACGAUGGUUAGCGACUGUGAAAUAAAAGAAAACGAAAGAACAAAUUUUGAAGAUGGCAAAAACCGAGAAUUCGUAAUCACCAGAAAAGUCAGUGGGGACGUUAUGGAUGUGACAAUUGAAGCCGUUACCUCCAAAGCUAAAAUGACAAGCAAAAUGUACAGAAAGAAGUAAUCAUGUCGUCAGCCAUAGAUUCUUUUAUAGACAAUUACUGAAGGUUAAAUUUAUUCUUAGUAUUGCUGGACUUAGUCUCUACCACUAAUCAUGAUUUAUAAUUGAUGACCAUUUAGCGAAGACCUAAAGAUGUUUAGAUGAAUAGGAAAAAAUAUUACAACACUUUAGAAAACCGAAACCUUGGACACUUUUAUAUUUCCACAUUGUCAAAUCAUGCUUUCAUCGACAAUUUCAUCAACUUCCUGAUGGCUGUGUAUUGGUGAAAUAAACUGUGUGCAAAAUA